UUCAGUAGAAACGGACACAAGCUGCUUUUGAUAUUCAAGACAUUGGAAUUCGUGAAUCUCUACUUAAUGAUCUAAAGUAACAGCUUCAUACGAUCGGGGUCAAAGUCUACCUACCUUUACGAUAUUCUACAUCUCAAUAAGUCAUGUAUUCAAUUAGAGCAUUGAGGCCCCUUGCCUCGCGAUUCACAGCUUCAACUCUCCCCGCACUUUCACGAGCCUACUCAGCCAAAUCCUACGAGUUCAUACAAACUUCAGAACCAAGACCUGGUGUUGGACAAAUAACAUUAAACCGACCCAAAGCACUCAAUGCAUUAUCUACACCACUCAUAAACGAACUCAACGAUGCACUUAAAGCAUUCGAUAAAUCUCCGUCCAUAUCUGCGAUUGUUCUUACCGGAUCUGAAAGAGCCUUUGCAGCUGGUGCGGAUAUCAAAGAGAUGGCACCGCUUACCUUCUCUGAAGCCUAUACAAACUCUUUCAUAGAAUCUUGGUCAGAUCUCACAACCGCCAUCAAGAAGCCUAUUAUUGCAGCCGUAUCAGGGCAUGCGCUAGGAGGAGGCUGUGAACUGGCUCUAAUGUGCGAUGUAUUGUACUGCACAGAGAAGGCAAACUUUGGGCAACCAGAAAUUAAACUUGGGACGAUUCCUGGAGCUGGUGGAAGUCAAAGACUUACAAGGGCGAUUGGAAAAUCUAGAGCUAUGGAGCUUAUAUUGACCGGCAAGAACUUUAGUGGCAAAGAAGCUGGAGAAUGGGGAGUUGCGGCAAGGACAUAUGGAAGCUGGGAGGAGCUCAUUGAAGCUGCGCUAGGUACUGCCGAGACAAUUGCAGGGUACAGUAAGGUAGCAGUGCAGGCUGCGAAGGAAGUUGUCAACAAGAGUCAAGACUUACCACUCAGAGACGGUGUAGAGUAUGAGAGAAGAGUUUUCCACAGCUUAUUUGGAAGUGAAGAUCAAAAGAUCGGAAUGAAGGCUUUUGCGGAGAAAAAGAAGGCCGAGUGGACUCACAAGUAACUGUUAGCAUUAUUUUUGUGCGAUAGAUAUCAAUUUUACUGAGAGCGCUAAUUAUGGAAAACAUGAUGGGAUUUUUUUCUUCGGUUUUGUUGGCUGGAUGACUGUAUUCUCUUUUAUUUCAGACUGCUUUAUUAAUGGGUCGUUUGCCGCUUCUAUCGCGAAUUAUAAUAUAUUCUGGCCAUCCACUAGUGGGUGUGGACGGGACACUAUAAAAAUGGACUUGUGAAUUUCUCUUGAUAUAUCGAAUUAGAUAUCUUGGAAAUUGUUACAGUCAUCUAUUAAAUUUGAAGCAAUCAAAUCACGAGUGUUAAUAUCAAACAAUUACAGAAUGAAUUUAUUAGAAAUUUCGAAAGUUGGGAAGUGUCCCGUCAAUUCAUGCGCCCACUGGUGAUUCAAUCACA